CCUCUCGCCUCGCCUGCCUGCCACGGCCAGCUCUCCUCGGUGUGCGGUGCGCGCCCCGUCGCGGCUCUGUGCCAAAUGCGCCUGGCGGAGAUGAUCAAGAAAAUGGGUCCCAGCGAGGCGGAGCUCAACAUCCCGGCCAAGAACUGCUACCGGAUGGUCAUCCUGGGCUCCUCGAAGGUCGGCAAGACGGCCAUCGUCUCCCGCUUCCUCACCGGCCGCUUCGACGACCAGUACACGCCGACCAUCGAGGACUUCCACCGCAAGUUCUACAGCAUCCGCGGCGAGGUCUACCAGCUGGAUAUCUUGGACACGUCCGGCAACCACCCGUUCCCGGCCAUGAGGCGCCUCUCCAUCCUCACAGGAGACGUCUUCAUCCUCGUCUUCAGCCUGGACAACCGCGACUCCUUCGAAGAGGUCCAGCGCCUGAAGCACCAGAUCAUGGAGACCAAGUCCUGCCUGAAGAACAAGACCAAGGAGAACGCCGAUGUCCCCCUGGUCAUCUGCGGAAACAAGGGCGACCGGGACUUCUACCGGGAGGUUGACCCCCGGGAGAUCGAGCAACUGGUGGGCCCCGACCCCAAGAAGUGUGCCUACUUCGAGAUCUCGGCCAAGAAGAACAGCAGCUUGGACCAGAUGUUCCAGGCCCUCUUCGCCAUGGCAAAGCUGCCCAGCGAGAUGAGCCCCGACCUCCACCGCAAGGUCUCCGUCCAGUACUGUGAACUCCUGCAGAAGAAGCCCUUCAAGGGCAAGAAGCUGCUCAAGGAAGGGGGCGGGGAGGCCGGCGGGGAGGCCUAUGGCAUCGUGGCCCCCUUUGCCCGCCGCCCCAGCGUGCACAGCGACCUCAUGUACAUCCGGGAGAAGGCCAUUCGGGGCGGGCAGACCAAAGACAAAGAGCGCUGUGUGAUCAGCUAAGGGCGGCUUCUGCGGUUUCCCUCCUGGCUGUUUUGCUAUCGAGACUUGGGCCGCCCGCGGGGGGCGUUUGCCUUGUGCCGAGGGUGGCGUCGCCCACCCCUCCCGGGCACUGUGCCUCCGACCUCCCCUUCUUUGGGGGGAUGGGGACCCUUCUUCACCUGUUCCCCGUUUUUGGAGGAAGGGGUGUCGAGACUGCUGGCGGGGGGGGGCGUUCCCCGGCACAAGAUGAGACUCUGGACUGGUGGAGAGAUCUUUUGGA